CUCAGUCGCUGCAAUCACAGAAUUCACCUAAAACGUCCACUUCAGAGUCCGAAACUUCCAGUGACUGACUUCACACGUCUCCACUAUCCCAAUUCGAAGAAGAGUCACACUCGGCUUUCCACUAUCCCCCAAUCGAAGAAGAGUCACACUCGAGGGAUUCAUAAAUAGAUAAAGUUUAAAGGUACAGAGAAAGAGUUAUCAAACAUAGUAUCCAAGUAAAAGAAGUAAAGGCAAUGGCUUUCUCGCCGGUAAUGUCGUCCGGACCUCAUCUCUACCUGCCAAGAAGAAUACCCACAAACCUCAAAGCACCUCCGAUUCGCUGCUCGUCGUCUUCUUCUCUGGUUUCCACCCAGUUCGAUCUGAAGGGAUAUUGGACGACCUUGAUUGGCGAGAUAAACCAGAGUCUGGAGGAGGCGAUUCGGGUGCAGUACCCGGAGAAAAUCUACGAGGCCAUGCGGCACUCGGUCCUAUCAAAGGGGGCCAAGCGAGCUCCACCCGUCAUGUGCGUCGCCGCCUGCGAGCUCUUCGGCGGCAACCGCCUUGUCGCCUUCCCCACCGCCUGCGCCCUCGAAAUGGUUCAUGCAGCUUCACUGAUCCACGAUGACCUUCCCUGUAUGGAUGAUGAUCCUUCACGCCGAGGCCAACCCUCAAACCACACAAUAUAUGGAGUUGAUAUGGCAAUCCUGGCCGGGGACGCUCUCUUUCCACUCGGUUUUCGCCACAUUGUCUCCCAUACACCUGUUGACCUCGUGCCUGAAGCCCGUCUUCUUCGUGUGAUUACAGAGAUUGCCCAAGCUGUAGGGUCCACCGGCAUGGCUGCUGGUCAGUUCCUUGACCUUGAGGGCAGUUCCAAUUCUGUUGAAUUCGUGCAAGAAAAGAAGUUUGGGGAAAUGGGUGAGUGCUCUGCAGUGUGUGGAGGGCUACUAGCUGGUGCUGGAGAUGACGAAAUACGUAGAUUGAGGAGUUAUGGGAGAGCUGUAGGGAUGUUGUAUCAAGUUGUGGAUGAUGUUUUGGAAGAGAAGUCGAGGAAAAUUGAGGAAGCUGGAGAGCCAAAGAAGGGGAAGAGUUAUGUAGGAGUGUAUGGAGUUGAGAAGGCAAUGGAGGUGGCAGAGGAGCUUAGGGCCAAGGCCAAGAGGGAAUUGGAUGGGUUUGAGAAGUAUGGUGAGAGUGUGGUACCUCUUUAUAGCUUUGUGGAUUAUGCUGCUUACAGAGGUUUUAGUGUUGGUGAUUGUUGAGAACUUGAUGAAUAGCAAAGAAAACUAAAAACAGAGGAAGGAUUGUGUAAUCUGAUAUGAAUUAACUCGAUACUUGAUGAUUAAUACAUGAAGGUCUAUGUAAUAUUUAUACUACACAGAGGAAUAAAUGUAUAUCAGAAAUGUAACAGAAAUAACUGUAUUUUAAAUCUUCUCCUUCUCUUUUUCUGCCUUUAGCUUUUCUUCUUUAGACUUCAACUCCAUGCUGUCAAUGUGAGAGGCUAUACUCCAACACCCCCCUCAAGAUGAGCAUGUAUAUUGAUAAUGUUCAUCUUGCGCAAAUUAUGAUGGAAAGGCAGUGAUCCGAGAGGCUUGGUAAAUAUAUCUGCUAGUUGUAAUCUUGAGGGAAUAUAGAAAAGCUUUAUAACAUUCUGCUGCAAUUUCUCCCUAACAAGAUGACAAUCGAUUUGAAUAUGUUUAGUCCUCUCAUGUUGUACUGGAUUAGUUGCAAUAGACAAAGCUGA